AUGUUCAAGGUCGCUCUGCUCACCAACCUUCUCCUCGCCUCGGCCGUGCUUGCGGUUCCGUCGUCCCGCUUGGGGUCCCGCCUCGCUCGUCGCCGCGAGAGUCGCCAGUCGCAGCCUUCUCGGCGCAUCGUGAAUGCCGAGUACAGCGAGAACUGGGCUGGUGCUGUCUAUGCUGAGGGCGAUGGCACAUACACAGCUGUGACCGGUACCUUCACCGUGCCCACGCCCUCGGGAGACGGUGCUGCGUCAGCAUGGGUCGGCAUCGACGGAGACACUUGCGAGACAGCUAUUCUCCAGACUGGCGUUGAUUUUACCUCUGAUGGCGGUGAGGUCUCCUACGAUGCCUGGUACGAAUGGUACCCCGACUACGCUUACGACUUCGAUGGUAUCGACAUCGCCUCUGGAGAUGUCAUCAAGCUAACGGUCACCGCGACUUCGACCACCUCCGGCACCGCCGUCAUCGAGAACACCUCGAACGGCCAGACCGUGACGCAGGAUAUCACGUCCACGUCUGCGCUCUGCGAGGAGAACGCGGAGUGGAUUGUGGAGGACUUUGAGGAGAACGGCUCGCUCGUCCAGUUCGCCGACUUCGGCACGGUCACGUUCACCGACGCGUAUGCUACCACGGCCGACGGCACGCAGACCCCCGCCGAUGCUACCGCCAUCGACAUUGAGCAGAACGGCCAGGUUCUUACCUCCGUUACUGUUGGUGAUGACGUUACUAUCAAAUACGUCUAG